UCCCGCUGCAGGUCCGCCCCUGGGUGUCUCGCGCCCUCGUAGGCGGCCCCUGCUGGGGUCGGCGGGCUCCCCGGCCUGGCUGCAUCUGCCUUGGAAGUGCGCGCUCACCUCCCUCCCUCCCUCCGUUACUGUUCCCCCUGUACCCAGGACUGGGACCUCCGGGAAUGACGAGCCUGAAAAUUCCCCAGCCGCGCUUUUGACGUGAUUUCCAGAUUAAACUCAUGUCAUGUCACACUUUCCUAUAUUUCAACUGCUUUACCCUCAAAGAUCAUCGCAUGUUCGGUACCAGGUCAAAUACCAAGGCUUUCUAAAGUCAACCUUUUCACCCUGCUCAGUCUCUGGAUGGAGCUCUUCCCAGCAGUCGAAGGCCAAAGACAAAAAUCUCAGGAAAAGGAAGAGGGAAAGCGUGGACACUUAGGAGAUAAUGAAGAGAUGACCAGAGUAUCUACUGACAAAAAACAGGUGAAGAAAACUGGUCUUGUGGUGGUGAGAAACAUGAAAAUUGUUGAUCUUCACUGUUCAAGUGAAGAGUUACAUGCUGGGAAAAUUGCUCUUAUAAAACAUGGGUCAAGGCUGAAAAACUGUGAUCUUUAUUUUUCCAGAAAGCCAUGUUCUGCUUGUUUGAAAAUGAUUGUAAAUGCUGGAGUUAACCGAAUUUCAUAUUGGCCUGCUGAUCCAGAAAUAAGUUUGCUUUCUGAGGCUUCUACUUCUGAAGAUGCAAAGUUAGAUGCCAAAGCAGUGGAAAGAUUGAAAUCAAACAGUAGGGCCCAUGUGUGUGUCUUGCUUCAGCCUUUGGUGUGUUGUAUGAUGCAGUUUGUAGAGGAAACCUCUUAUAAAUGUGACUUUAUUCAAAAAAUGGCAAAAACAUUUCCAGAUACUAACAUUGACUUUUAUUCCAAAUGUAGACAAGAAAGAAUAAAAGAAUAUGAAAUGUUAUUUUUUGUUUCAAAUGAAGAACUACAUAAGCAGAUGCUGAUGACUAUAGGUUUGGAGAAUCUAUGUGAAAAUCCAUACUUUAGUAAUCUAAGGCAAAACAUGAAAGACCUUAUUCUACUUUUGGCCACAGUAGCUUCCAGUGUGCCCAGCUGUAAACACUACGGAUUUUAUUGUGACAAGACUGAACAGAGUAAUGAAAUUCACAAUCAAAGUUUGCCACAAGAAAUUGCAAGGCACUGCAUGGUUCAGGCCAGGUUAUUGGCAUAUCGAACUGAGGAUCAUAAAAUAGGAGUUGGAGCAGUCAUUUGGGCAGAAAAAAAAUCUCAAAAUUGUGAUGGGACGGGCAUGAUGUACUUCAUAGGAUGUGGUUAUAAUGCUUUUCCUGUUGGAUCUGAGUAUGCUGACUUCCCAAACAUGGAUGACAAACAGAAAGACAGAGAAAUAAGAAAAUUCAGAUACAUUGUCCAUGCGGAACAGAAUGCCUUGACCUUUAGGUGUCAAGAAAUAAAACCAGAAGAAAAAAGUAUGAUUUUUGUGACAAAGUGCCCAUGUGAUGAGUGUGUACCUUUAAUUAAAGGUGCAGGCAUAAAACAAAUCUAUACAGGGGAUAUAGAUGUUGGAAAAAAGAAGGCAGACAUCUCUUACAUGCGAUUUGGAGAACUUGAGGGUGUUAGCAAAUUUACAUGGCAACUGAAUCCAGCAGGAACUAUUGUUCUUGAACAAAAUGAGCCUGAAAGCAGAGAGAAUGGUGUGGUGCGACCCCUCCCUCCGAAUGAAGAAAUGCACCCACACAAGAAGCUGUGUCUUGGGAACCACUAAGGAGUCCUGUUUGAACUGGAUUGAAGACUUCAAGAAUUUUCAUUGCACUUUAAAAAGUCAGCCUUGUUAACUCAGACAAUAAGGGUGGAUUUUGUAAAUAGUUGAAAAAAUUUUGAGAACACUAAUUUAUUACUAGCAUAUGAAUGAUGUUAAUGAUAGUAUUUUGAGAUUUGUUUGUUUUCCAGAACAUAGUACUGUGCUCUUUUAUUACACUAAAUGGGGUACCAGUAAUAGAGGUAUAAUGGGACCAACUUAAUUGCCCACAGGGAUUGAUUUCUCCCUGUUUGCUUUACAUUAGCCAGUCUAAACAGGAGUGUGGUUCACUGGAGGUCACAUCUCAGCAGAGAAAUGCACACCUCUUAAGAAAUAUUAAUUCCCUUGGAUUACAACAGUGACAAUCAAUAAACUGCUCCAAGGAUAUAAAUGACAACCUAGCCAUUUUAUUUUAAAUAUGUUUUUAUUUAUUUCAGAGAGAGGAAGGGAGAGAGAGAGAAGAAUAGAAACAUCAAUGAUGAGAGAGAAUCAUUGACCAGCUGCCUCCUGCACACCCUCUACUGGGGAUCAAGCCUGCAAACCGGGCAUAUACCCUGACUGAGAAUCCAGCUGGUGACCUCUGGUUCAUGGAUGAACACUCAACCAUUGAGCCAACCUGGUCAUUAAAAACAAUUUUUUUAAAAUCCUCACCCAAGCAUAUGUUUUCCAUUGAGAGUGGAAAGGAGGUGGGGAGGAGAGAGAGAGAGAAACAGAGAGAAACAUCAAUGUGAGAGAGACAUCGAUGUAUCCAACCGAGUGUCAAACCUGUAACCUAGAUAUGUGCCCUUGUCCAGAAUUGAACCUGCGACCCUUCGAUGCGAGGGUUGACACUCAAAGCACUGGGCCAUGCCAGCCAGGGCCCACCUGGCCAUUUUAGAGAGUCAGUGUGUGAAUCACCAAAAGUUCACAUUUAUACCCAAAGCUUUCUAACAACCAGAAUUUAUUUAAGAUUGAAUCACAUAAAUGAAGUUAGUGGACCUUGUCUGCAUUACUAAAAGUAUAUUUUUUAAAGGUUAUUAACUUUUCUUAAGUCUUUCAUAUGUAGAAAUCACAGUGAUUUGUUGGACUACCGUGGUAUAUCACUGAUUUAGGAUAGCAAUAGGAAAAUAUUUUGAGACAGUAUUACUAUUUGAUAGCACUUACUCCUGAAAUCACUAGCAAUGAAUCUUCAAUUUGGUUAUGAUUUUGACAGAGAAGAAAUAGUUAGUUUGGAAUAUUGAAACUAGCUUUUUAUUUUUAAUUUUUAUUUUAAAUAUAUUUUAUUGAUUUUCCACAGAGAGGAAGGGGGAGGGAUAGAGAGUUAGAAACAUCGAUGAGAGAGAAACAUCGAUCAGCUGCCUCCUGCACACCCCCUACUGGGGAUGUGCCCGCAACCAAGGUACAUGCCCUUGACCAGAAUCGAACCUGGGACCCUUGAGUCCGCAGGCCGACGCUCUAUCCACUGAGCCAAACUGGCUAGGGCUGAAACUAGCUUUUUAGAAUUCUGUUCAUAAUGAUGACCAUUUUCCCUCCACAUAAUUAACACCAAGUGUCUCAUGGCUUUGAAUUCAAGGCCUUUCAAAAAAUUUGCAAACCUUAAGCACACUGAAAGUCAUGAAAGUAAACUUAUGGUCAAUUCAGUUACAUCAUUCAAACUGCUCUUCGGGAGUCAAAGCUCGCUCUCUCUCUCUCUCUCGCUCUCUGAGAAAUUUUCAUCUACAGUUAGAGAGGGAGUUGCAGUGGCCCGUGGCCCUCAGGCCCGUGGCAGGCCGUCCUGAGGAAUACUCCCCUGGCGAUGGAGAGGUAACCAGGCUUGGCUCUGCUGUGGUCCCUUCCUCUCCAUGACACCACGUGUCUUCACAAGGCCUUCUGCUGGUUCCUCAGAAUGCACAGGACAAUCCGAAUCCUGGCCAGAUGCCCUUGAUUGUACAGAAGGCUGUUUAGUUCCACUGGCAGUUCAAAGUCAUCAUAGCAGGCAGUUGAGAACUAUCAUAAACAUUUUUACACAAGGUGUAAGGCAUGGAAUAGAGAGGGAGAGAGGAGAGGUGCCCUUAGAGAUAAUCCGUGGUUAAGCUCUUCUUUAAUAUUUGUCAAUAUGCAAACACAGAUUUGUUUACAUCUCCAGUUGCUUUCGUACACUAAUUAUAUGUACUUAAAAGUUUUCUUGGAUUUGUUGUUUUACUAAUAUGUCACUCCAUCAAAUGUUUUAUAAAUCAGUCAGUAAAUAUUUGUAAGACAAAAAGUCUGGAAUACUGCCAGGUUUAUGGAUUUAUUGUUGGGUGUUGGAGGGGGAAGGAUAUCAGAAGAUACAUACAAAUGGGAGAAACAUACAAGUGGGAAAAGCUAUGAUUCAGAAAUGGAAAAUUGAUAUUUCCAUAGCACUAUUAAAAUGGUCAUGAUAAUGCCAUCUUUUUCUGUACAACUAGUCAGAUUUCAGAAUUUAUUGAGAAUUUACUGUGUAGUACCAGAAGGUAAGCUCUAUGAGGCAGGGAUAUAGAUAUAUUUAGAUAUAGAUAGAGGGUUUUUUAAACUGCUGAAUCCAGUGCCUACAACAGUGCCUGGCACAUAACGGGCAUUCAAUAUUUGUUGAGUAAUCGAAUGACUGCUGGACACUGGCAGACCCUGGCGAUGAGAUGUGUAAGAAAUUCUCCCUGAUCUCAAAAAGCUCACAGUCUAGUGAAAGGUACAAAUAUGUAAUCAAGUAAUAGAGAACAGUUCUCAGAAUGUGGUCCCUGCCCCAGCAGGUUGGCAUCACCUGGGGACUUGUUAGAAAUGCACCUUCUUAGGGCUCAUCCAGACCUUGAAUCAGACACACGCUGGGGGGUGGGGCCAGGCGGUCUGUUUGCUUUGCAGGCCUUCCCGGUGAUAGUGAUGAGCUUCCAGAUUGAGAACCACCCUGUGGAUGGAAGUAAGGAGCAGUGCCAAGGGCCUCAUCAAGCACAAGUUUUUCCAUUUUUAGUUUUGCUUUUAAUGUAAGUGCACAUGUUGACAGAUUGGCUGAUUUUAACAUGUAUGUUGUAGUAAUAGAUUCAAGGAUUUCCAUUAUUGUAAAUUUAGUUAUAUUAGUGAAAUUAUACCUACACAUUUAAAAUGAUCAAAUAGUUCAUUAAACCUUACUUUGAAACAAUAGUCCCCCCCUUAUCCCAUAUAUCACCCUCCCCAGAGGCACUCAGGUUUGACUAUUCUAGCUGAUUCUUUUGUAUUUAUCUCCAAACCUCCAAGUAAUGCCUAUUUUUUCCCUUAGUAGUUUUUCAGUUUCAGGCUUUUAUAUUUUGAAUUUCCAUUGUGGAAGGCUUUUUUUCACUUCAGUCUCAUCUCCACACACUUCCAUCUUCCGACUAUUGUUACACUUUUAUUUUGGUUGCAUCGAUAUUCACUGUCUGUAAUUAUGACAAUGUAAAUGCUAUUCACAGUUUGUUAUGUUGUGCACUAUGAUUACUUUUCCUUUCCUAAUGAACUUAUUUUCCUGAA